AAAAGAUACAAAUCCAAUUUUUUUUGUAUGAAAAUAUUCAGCUACUUCUUAGUUCUCCAAUUAUAAAUAAAUGGUGGAGCAACCGUUUCAUUUACAACAUUUUUCUCUCUCCGCGUCUCUUUAGCCACCAUCGUUUCACGUGUCCCUCUCUUCCCUUGUUCUGUUCUGUUUGCUCUGUUUGUUUCCUAGGAAAAGAAAAAGCCUCAAUUGGGUUCCUUCAUAUUUAUUUUUCUUUACUCUUAUAAAGGUUUUUGUUCUUAGGCGGUGUUUGGUGUUUCUUUGUGGGGUUGGUAAAACUUUCACCUUGUUUGAAGGGUUGAGGCAGAGAUUGUUAAAGGGUGUGGUGGUAGUAGAAAAAUGGAAGGAAGGAAAAAAAUGGGUUCUUCUUCUUUCACUUCUGAGCUCUUUGGAUCCAACCAGUUCCAGAAAUCUGCUGCUUCUGGAAUUUUUGAAUCUAUGUUUCCUCCACCGUCUAAGGUGUUAGGGAGAGAGUCUCUGCGUUCUGAAGUGUGUGAGAAAACUGCCAAUGAGAGGUGGAGCUCCAAAAUUGAUUACAUCAGCAAGGGAAGUGAUGGUGAAACUCAGAGCACGACACAUAAGGAUAUGAGUUCUAUCUAUCAGGAACAAAGACUUCAACCAUGUCAACUUAGCUCAUCAAUCCAUUAUGGUGGCCAGGACAUAUGUUCUUGUCCCAAGAGUACACAAGAUUCAGGAUACAACUCUUUGCUGUACAAGAAAGAUGGGGUUGAAGAUGAUUUAGGAAGUAACCUGUGGCAAGGGGGUCCCUAUUAUUAAGAUCACACUUGCCAAAGGACAUGCUCCUUAAGGUAAACAGGAGGAUAGUUUAGCAUUUUAGUGCAUCUUUUGUUGCAUGGACAACAAGUUAUGAACAGUGAGAACGUUGUGGAUGGCUAGUUGCUUUCUCCAGCCAAACAACACAAUCACAAUAUGAACCUAUAGUUAGUCAUACGCAUAUCUUUUCAUUUACCUGUAAAGAGUAUAGUAUUCAAAAACAGUGGUAAUGUAAGAGUUGUAUGGUAUGGUAUAGGAAAUAUAUGCAUCAUCAGCUACUCUAUUAUUAUGUGGCUGAGGCUUUCAAGUUUUUACUUUUACUUGUAUGGGAGAAACUCUCUUUUACUGGUUUCCCCUCUACUUUGUAUUUCAGAUGUGAUGUGAUUAGUGAGAACUGAUCAUUUAUGAAUAUGUAGUGCUAGUUUACUUUAUGAGUGAAGUACCCUUUACUGCUUA